CACCUCUUUGCCUUAGCAUAAUGAUAUCUAGGGGUUUAUGACGGCAACGGCGUUCGCUAAUCUCUUGCUCAUGUUCAUCUUUCCCUUUUUUUGCGUUUCCUAAAUCGAACAGUGAUGCUCGACUCGAUGGCUCGAGCAGAAUCGACACCCACUGUCAUUUCCAUCUUUCUUACAGCCCCGACCUCGUUUAUUCUUGGGUGGGAAUCUAUGGGAUGUUGGAUUGACAGCGUUAACUCGCGCACGAUUCUAGGUUCUUACCUGGCCGGUGGAACAAAUACUGCCGAGUCAUGCCUCUCUUUCUGCGCCAGUGGAGGAUACACGUACGCCGGAAUGGAGUACGGAACCGAAUGCUUCUGCUCUAAUUCCAUACUUGCCGGUACCACAGCCCAAGACCCAGCUGAUUGCAAUAUGGCGUGUUCGGGCGACAUUAGCGAGGUCUAUGGUGGCAACAACAACAGACUUAGCUUGUAUCAGUCAACAUCCACGAGCAGCGCAAGCCCUGGAAUUGCUCCUGGAUCCUCUGGGUAUGCCUAUCUUGGCUGCUAUACCGACUCCGUUGGCGCCAGAAUCCUCACCAUCAGUAUGCCAACUGACGGCGGAAGCAAUGCUCUUACCGCUGGGAAGUGCUUGGCAGCUUGUGCUGCCGCAAGCUACAAGUAUGCGGGAGUUGAAUACUCCGGAGAAUGCUUCUCUGGUGGCUCAGAUGCGAUGACUGUCGAUGCAUGCGUUGCCGCUUGCGCGGCUAAUGGUUUCACUAUUGCCGGUCUCGAAUAUGCUCAGGAGGGCUGGUGCGGUACCACGCUCACAGAGGCUCCGUUGUCGGAUGCUGAGAUAAACUGCUUCAUGCCGUGCAAAGAUGCUGCCCACCGCUCCAACAGCGCUCAUGUAACGCUGCGGAGAAGGGCAGAUUAUAAUGUCGCGAUUGUGGCAGGCUCCUUGUCUCAGACCAUCAACACCAUCGUUCCAGGAAGCAACUACGACAUCACCGUGUCUUAUAAACUCAUCAGCUACCCCAAUUCAGCGCCAGGAUCUUACAUGCAGUGGAUAACGAGUCCUGACGGGGUUUAUUUCGUGGCUAACGUCGACACUUCGCCGACGUCCCCAGCAUGGACUUCCUGGCAGAUCGUCAAAGUCGCGACCUUCACCACCUUCAGCAACACCAUCAACUUCGAGAUCCAUUUCUACCCGGUGUAUCUGGUGGGUGACUUCGAGCUCCUCGUCGACGACAUCGUCUUCACGCCUUCCUCCAACCAGGACGUCCUCCAGAAUUCCGGCUUCGAGAACUCCCCCACCGACAUCGCGCCGUGGUACGGGCAGGCCUCUAACCCCCUCACGGUGCAAUCCACCUACCCCUUUACCGGCAACCGCGGUGCCGGCCUCACUCACAACUACUCCGCGGCUGCCACGCCCGACGCCCCCGUCUCCAUCGCGCAGGACAUCACCGGCCUCGUUGCCGGCGCCUCGUACACAUUCUCCUUCGUGUACUACACGAGCGCCGGCACAGAUAUAGUUAGCAGCUCCUGCACUAUAAACUGGGCGUGGACGUUCCCACAGGGGGCGUCCGUGACCGGAAGAGUCGCUCCCUAUGUCUGGGUCAAUACCGAGCCCCGGUGGACCACGCGCAAGUGGACUGCGAUAGCAGUAACAGGGGAGAGCGCGACGGUGUCGCUGUCCCUAGUGCGCACGGGGACUGAAGGCAUGCGUUAUUUGUGGCUUGAUAACAUUUAUGCGGUUGAGAAUUGAGAGACCUACAUGUUAGGCAGCAUUCGGGAAGGUGAUUUUGAGGCUUCUCUCUUAGAAACACACGGAUAGUAAUUUAUAGAAGAACACAUCGUUUGUAUUGGAUGGAUAGCGUCACUUUAUCAUCA